AUGAAGUUCGGCGCGUAUCUCGAGGAGAACAUGGAGCCGGAGUGGAAGGAGUGGUACCUCCGAUACAAGCCUCUCAAGAUUCAGCUGAAGGAGAUCGUGGCGCUCAACGAGGAGCUCGCGAUGAAGAGCGCGGACUCCAACUUCGGCCCCGGGAUUGACGGAAGGGUCAGUUUUACCCCCCCCAAGAACCUAACCACCAUGUCGCUAUCGUUCGUGCCGACGAGACCCGGGAGCAGCGGCCAGAAAGGGGAGCGACCCGUGGCGAGCGAGGCGACUUUCUUCGAGGCCCUCGACGCGGACAUGAAGAAGGUCGGGAAGUUCGUGGAGUCGUCGCUGACAAAGCUGAAGCAGAGGGUCGAGGAGCUGGACGUAGACGUGGCCGCAGCCGUCAGGGAUGGUUUGCCGGAGCUCGCCGCGCACGGAGCCUCGACAGAUUCGUGGGCGAGCGGAUCUCAGAGCUCCGACAUGUCGGGCGUGCUGACUGACCCCGAGCAGGGUGGCGGCUCUGCCGGCAACGCGGAGGCUGUGGAGCGGGUCGCCCAUCUGAGGGACGCCCUCCACGAGGUGCAGCGCGAAUUCCUGCGGAUCGAGAAGUUUGCAAACCUCAACACCACGGCGUGCUACAAGAUCCUGAAGAAACACGACAAAUUGAUCCCAGCCACGGUGUGUUGCCGCUACUACAUGGAGCGGCUUCACAGCAAGCCGUGGGUCAACACGGACCACAGCGCGGUGUUUGUGGUGCAGAUGUCGGACCUCUUCGAGAAACUGCGACCCAGACGCGCGCAGCAGGCGAGCAAGGCACAGGGCAACGGGCCCAAGGGAGGCCCAGGUGCGCAAGACUUUGUGCGCACUACCCGGAAGUAUUGGGUCUCCACUGAGGACGUCAGCACUGUGAAGCAGGCCAUCGCCGAGCAUCUGCCUGUCUUCCUCAUGGAGCGAGAGAAGGCAGGAAAGAAUAUCGUGGAUUUGGGAGAAGAAAUGGUGUCCUCGCCGGGCCCUGGAGUUGCCUCUGACUCGCAGAUGACCAGCAGCGUGUACCUUGACAACGUCAACCUCGGCCUGUAUCACACCAGGCUCCAGAAGCAGCCGCACAGCAUUGCCAUCAGGCUGCGCUGGUACGGGCUGGAUCCCACCGGCGGCGUGGUCUUUGUCGAGCGCAAGACGCACAGGGAGUCAUGGACUGGGGAAGAGAGCGUUAAGGAGCGAUUCACACUGCCGCACGACCUCGUGGUUCCCUUCCUCACGGGUCAGCACACGUGGGAAAUGGAGGAGUCUCGCCUGAUCGAGGCCGAUGCCAAGAAGCAGCUGAACAAUUCUGUACCGGGGAGCUCUCCCGCGAAGGGAAUGUCCAAGGCGGAGCUUUCGGGGAUCAAGAAGCUCUUCACCGAGGUCCAGAACGCCGUUGAAUCCAAGCAGCUCGAACCCACUUUGAGAACCAUGUACAUGCGGACCGCGUUCCAGGUUCCAUUUGAUGCCUCUGUGCGUUGUUCUCUGGACACCAGUCUGUGCAUGGUGGCUGAAAACCCAGUGAAUGGUCCGACGUGCAAGACAAUGAACCGAUGGUUCAGGGAUCCCGAGCUUCCUGUGCACCGCACGGAGGUUACCAAGUUUCCCCACGCAGUACUCGAGAUCAAACUCGCGCUGGACCCCGGGCAGGAUCCCCCGCGGUGGGUGGAUGACCUCAUUUCCUCCGGAUGUCUCACCGAGGUGCACAAGUUUUCCAAGUUUAUGCACGGUUGCGCAGUGUUGUUCCCAGAUGUCGCGCAGGAGGUGCCUUACUGGGUCGACGAUGUUUCGCUCCGGCAGUCCCUGCAAAAUAGCGCGUCGAGAGAGACUGGAGCGGCGGUCGCACGUAACAACUCCAGGCGCGUGAAACCGCAGCCCCCAGCCAACGGCACCCUCAACGGCGCCCUCAACGGCGCCCUCAGACCUAACGAUAACCUGGACGGUGACCUGACCCACCCUCUGCUCGUGGGAGCCUCCUCCGAUACUGUCCUUGACCUGAUGGGAGACACGAGGCAGAACGCUAACGUGACAGAUGGUGACGAAAUCGAUCGCCACGGCGGAGGGAGGAGUCGCGGGAUGAUCCAGCGAGGUCUGAGCGCUGGUUCCAAAUUUUUGCGAAGAAAGUUUGGUCUCGGCGGCGACGGGAGCGAACAACCGAGUCGCCCACAGCAGCCCAGAACUGUGCCGAUGCGUAUCGAGCCCAAGACGUACUUCGCUAACGAGCGCACAUUCUUAUCCUGGCUUCACACCGCCGUGCUCAUCGGCACCAUCGGCGCGGGGUUGGUUUCUGUGCACAUGGGCCGGGCCGGGCAACCGAGGCAGGAUGACUCUACGGCAAACAUGCCCGAUCCGAACUACACGGGCAGCGCUCCUCACGAGCGGGUAUUGACAAUCGUGCAUAAGCACGAGUACAGGGUGGUGUUCCCUCGCGACGGGGCGCUCGACGACACGAGCCCGAUGGUGAUGCGCGGCGGCGUUGAUGGGGAAAUUGGGGCGGUGGACUCUGGCGGGAUGUCCACGGCGGCGAUUGAGGAGAUCGUCAGCCGCGCCGUCGCAGGGUACUUUGAAUCCGCGAACAGUCACAAGGCACUGAGCGCCACGGCAGGCACUCCGGGAAUGGAACAUCACGCGUUGACUUCGUCGGCGGGUGCAUCCAUCGCAGACACUGGGGAGUACACAUCCGUGGGCCUCACCGUGGCGCUGACGAUGCUCUCUGCGUCGGUAUGUCUUUGCGUCUAUGCCACGUGGACGUUCAUCUGGCGCGGUCAGCAGAUCUCGAAGAGGUCGACGGUUCCAUUCCACGAUCCAAUCGGCCCAGUUGUCAUGGGUUCCGUCUUGAUUGCCUCGAUGGUCAUCCUCAUAGCAAUAACAGCCGCUAACUUUGGCGAAAUCACCGACUGA